AUGGCUUCCGGACACGGUCUCAACGGCGGCCCCUCCCGCUGUUAUCCCUUCUGGCAAGAGGUUCUCGGAUGCUACGUUGUGAACUCGGGCGAUGGUGCGGAGGGCAAAAAGAAGUGCACCCCGGCUCUGGAAGAUUACUACGAGUGCCUUCACCACCGGAAAGAGGCUCUCCGCACGAUGAAGAUGCAGGCCGCCUACCGGAAGGCCGAGGCCGCGCAUCCCCGCGAGAACGCACCCAAGGCUGAACAGAUUCGAAGCCUUGGUCUACUUGGAAAGGAAGAGGAGGCUACCGCUCUGCUGGCGGCGCAACGGUCAUAA